AAAAAAAAAAAAAAAAAUAAGAGGAAAGAUCGAUGUUGGGAUGGCGCUCAAGAUGGUUGGCAAAGCGUCAGGUUCCUCCAGACUGUUCCGACUGAACUUUACCGGCGACGUGAUGCUCGGCCGGCUCAUCGACGGACUGUUCGCCACCAAUGUCGCGAACGCGGAAGACAGGUCGCACUGCGACACGAUCCGGGAGCGCCACCCUCGUCUGCGUGACUACAACGCGCAGUCUCCCUGGGGAAGCACGCUGCCGCUGUUCCGGACGGCAGAUCUGAACCUGAUCAAUCUCGAGACGGCCGUCACGACGUCGGACGACAUCUGGCCGAACAAGGUGUUCAACUAUCGCGCACACCCACAGAGGGUGCAGUGCUUGCAAGAAGCGAAGAUUAGCUAUGCGGGGCUGGCCAACAAUCACACGCUUGACUUUGGUGUCGCGGGGCUGGAGGAGACAGUAAGGUGCCUCGGAGACGCACACAUUGCUUCCGCAGGGGCAGGCCUAGACGCCCAUGAAGCAACGCGGCCAGCGACACUACGGAUACGUGGUGACAUGGACAAUGUUGAGUAUCAGAUCCACGUCUUCGCAGCGAGUGACCACCCGCACGACUGGGGCCGAAUACCCGGCUUCCAUCUCAUCGACUAUACUUCUGCGACGCGUCAAAGGCUGAAGAAGCUUUUGAUGAGCUACAAGGAAAGCGAGAAGCCAGAUCUGAAGGUGUUUAGCGUGCACUGGGGUCCGAAUUACAGCUGGCAUCCAUCGGACGACAUACGAAGCUUGGCGCACUUUCUUAUUGACGAAUGUGAAGUUGACAUCAUCCACGGACAUUCGUCCCAUCAUAUCCAAGGGGUUGAACUGUACAAAGGGAAGCUGAUCAUCUACGGAUGCGGAGAUUUUGUGGACGACUACGCACUUAAUGCCACAUAUCGCAACGAUCGAAGUGCUGUCUGGACGGUGCUAGUUGAGCCGUCGGAACAAUCAGGACUAAGACUCACAAGGCUAGAGAUAUGGCCCACGAUGAUCGAAAAGUUCCAGGCCAUGGUAGCGUACAGUGGAAGUGAGGAGCACAGGUGGGUUUGUAAUAAGAUCAUAACUUUGAGUCGAGAUCUGGGAACCAGCCUAGGUAACGAGAGGGGGGAUCAGGGACAGCUUCUGAUCAACGUCAAUUGAGGAUUCUCGUGCUCAUGAACGCUAUUGAUGCCUGAGUUGGGCUUUACUAGCACAGCACUAGAUCGCCGAAGGACCAGAUGAUCAUGCCCAAGACGCGACGGAGGGACCGCGACAGGCAGCUUUGCAUUACAGUCGCCAUUCUAGGACAAGAGUCUCGAUCACUCUGCAGAGCCUGCGGAUUCGAGCUGCGCAGGACAUACAACGACAGGAAUCGAUCCGGGCAUGGAUUCCAAGCGACUUCAAAGAUAAGGAUUGGCAAAGGCGGCCUGUGGCGGCGAGGAGAUGAGGGCGGGAUCCUCUAGCGCUCAUGGCGGGGUUUGGUCUAGAUCGCGCAUCAGAGCCCAGUCAGAGAUUGAACGACUGUUUAAGGCCUCCAUCGAACCUGCCGACCGUCUCAACCGAGUCUGGGCAUCGCAAGACGAUGUGGACGGUGUACAACAGGUGUGGGAGCCGCGCAGUUUCAGACAGAGAGACCGGUGGAGUGGUUGAUAUGGGGAAGCAACGGUGGUGAGACGCGCGAGCAGAAGCAUGCACAUCAGCCUGACUACGCGUUCAUUGUGCGUGCUCUUUGCCCAACUGUGGUGUGCUCGGCGCCGAGUCCUUGCAAGGCGUCGGAGCUUAGCUUAGCAAGCAUGUGAGAAUACCGCGCAAGGCGAAAGAUAGCCGCUGUUCUAGUGCGAGAAGAAUGACAGCGCCGGAACGAGAACUACGAGUGCAUUUCAUCCAGUAGCGUCCCGUGUAAGGAUGGUAGAAUUGCGGCGAGAGGGGGAGCCGUAUCAUGCAGCGAUGUGUUCCAGACUGGGCCAAGGCGGGACAGGCAUGAUCGAGGGCUGUGGCAUGGAGGUUCCUUUGCGGAGCCGGCGCGAUCCCAUCAAUCUCUCCAGGAGGGGAACAUUACGAGAGCCACCCGUCGUAUAUCUCACACCGUCGUUCCACCACUCUGCUUCUGGCAAUCGUCUAGAAGGCCGAAGAAUCAGGCGACCGCCUUGGCGAACGCCUCCCAGGCUUGCUCGGCGGAGGCUCGGACUCUCAGGUCCAGGGGCCUGAUUGCAGACACAGGGUGGGAUAAUCAACAUCGAGCAACGGUCGUUAAGAUGAACUACCAGGGGACUGUACUGUGUGCUUUCUUUGAACAGAAAUCAAUAGCUCGCUACUGGACCUGCGCUGGCGGGGACGCGACUCAGCGCACGUCGAGACGCGCUUGGCUGGCAGAGGCGGAGGAGCAAGUGCGCAAAGAGAUUCGAUGAAGGCCUAGAAUCGCAUCGAAACCCGUUCGACGGGGACGGCCCGUAAACGGCGAACAGGUUUGUUCAUGGUCACGCGUGCUUGCAGCAGGCGGUGAAAAGACAAGUGAGAUUCUACCGGGCGACGCGUGAAAUGGUGACAAGACGCAGGAGUCGAGACUGAGGAUCACAAGGCAACAGCACGAGCACUUGUUUGAAGGUACGGGCAGGGAAUGAUGGCAGUGCAAGUGAUACGAUGUGAUCCAUGUCGCGUGAGCCCGAAGGCUGCAAAUGCGGAUACAAUCACUGAAAGAAUAGUCAACAAAGAUACACAGAGACGGAAGGAUAAAAAUUUUAUCUUCCCUGUCAAGCCCG